GGCACGCACCAGGCAAGCUACAGCGCCUGAUCGUUUAAGUAUAAUCGUCCAAAAGCAUGUGGAUCGCGAGAGAUGAACGCGUUAAGCCGCAACAAUAAGCGCGCACCCAAGUAUUUGCUUACGUAGAGUACACACACAUAUAUACACCAGGCAGCGUGUCUGCGAAUGCCAGUUGGAAACACAACAGCGUCCGGUUCAGACUGUUAACACUACUGUGACUGUCGUUAAGAGGUGUUGUUAAACAGAAGAGGAAGCGACAGACGUCCAUACGUCGUGUUUACACCUGGAUUUUACGUUUGCCAUUAAGGAAUAAUCACAUUUAAGCUCACGGAAUUCGUAUCACCUUUAACAUCACACGGCUGUCGUUUGCACAGUUUAUCUGCGGCUAUGGAGAGCAGAAGCGGAGUGUGGAUUUUUGCCGUGAUUUUUUCUUACCUGGUCAUCCUGCCUGUUAGGGUGGAAGGGUGUCCACCAGAAUGUCUUUGCCGAGGAGAUACGGCGGAUUGCAGUUUCAAGAAGUUUAAAUCAGUCCCAAGAAACAUCCCGUCUUCCGUGCAGAAGCUCGAUUUGGAGGGCAACAAUAUCACUGUUAUCCGUCGAAAUGACUUGAAAGGAUUAACCAACCUGAAAUACAUGUAUUUGUUGGACAACCAAAUUUCUACCAUAGAAAAGGGAGCAUUUGACGACUUGGUGUAUCUGGAGAGAUUACGACUGAAUCGUAAUAAGUUAACCAGUCUGCCAGAUCGUCUAUUUGAGAAGACGCGGGGAUUAUAUCGACUAGACCUAAGUGACAACAAAAUCCAAGUUAUUGGAGAUCAGACAUUUAUUGGACUGGAUGUCAUGAAAAAUCUGCAACUUGAUAACAACCAAAUUACCUGCAUUGCUGACAAUGCAUUCAAGGAUAUGACGGCUGUCGAGAUUUUUACUUUAAAUAAGAACAACUUGACGACCCUGCCUAGAGAUUUAUUCGUGAAAAUGAAGAAAUUGAGAGUUGGACGACUUGCUGAUAAUUUCUUGGUAUGUGAUUGUCACUUGGCAUGGUUGGCCAACUGGCUGCGAUGGAAUCCCAGGCUGGCAUUGUUCACAAGGUGUCAUUCUCCACAGCACUUGAAGAACAAAGAGAUCGAUGAACUUCAGGCUUCAGAUUUCAAAUGCAAUGGGAUGGAGAUUUCCUUGACCAGAACGUGCCAGCUACCCGAGGACUCUGUGUGCCCAGACCAAUGUGUCUGCACAGAAAGUAUUGUGGACUGCAGAAAUAAAGGGCUGAAGCAGAUCCCAAAUAAUAUCCCAGAACAUGUCACAGAACUGCGACUUGAACACAACCACAUUACUGGAAUUCCAUCAAGAGCAUUUGUGGAUUUUAAGAAGUUGAGAAGGAUUGACCUUAGUAAUAACCAAAUAUCUCAAUUGGCUGAGGAUGCGUUCACUGGGCUUAAGUCACUCAACUCGCUGGUUCUGUAUGGAAACAAGAUAAGUGACCUCCCGCCUGGAGUGUUCAAAGGAUUAACAUCCCUCCAACUUCUUCUAUUGAAUGCUAACAAGAUCUCCUGCGUGAGAGUGGACACAUUCAAAGAUUUGCAUCAGCUGAACUUGUUGUCUCUGUAUGAUAACAAAAUCCAAUCUCUGGCCAAUGGCACCUUCACCCCACUCACCAACAUCCAGACUCUUCAUCUGGCUAGGAACCCUUUCAUUUGUGACUGCAACCUACGCUGGCUGUCUAGUUAUCUCCACACUCACCCCAUUGAGACCAGUGGAGCCAGAUGCGAGACACCAGAGAGGAUGCAGAGGAAGAAGAUUGGUUCCAUCAGACAGUCAAAGUUUAGGUGCAGAGGAGGUGAGGAGUAUCGCACCAAGAAUGCAGGAACGUGUAUGGUAGACAAAGCAUGUCCCACAGACUGUGAGUGUGAUGGUGCCACUGUAGAUUGCUCAGGCAGGAUGCUUACUGCAAUACCAGAGAACUUGCCCCUCUACACAGUAGAACUGAUUCUUAGCAGCAAUGAUAUCACAAGAAUCCAAGCAAAUGACUGGUUGAAGAAUUUGCCAAAUUUACAGAAAAUUGAUUUGCGAGGUAACAAGAUUGACAACAUAGAAGAUGGUGCAUUUGAAGGAGGUGAUAGAGUUGAAGAAUUGCACAUGACUGAAAACAGACUGACCCAUCUGAAUGCAAGAAUGUUCUCUGGACUUCCAGCUUUGAAAACCUUGAUGCUGAGGUCCAACAGAAUUACAUGUAUAAACAAUCAGACUUUUGUUAACAUGCCAGAAUUGCAUAUGUUGUCAUUAUAUGAAAACCACAUCCGAUGUAUUCAGCCAGGAUCCUUUGACAAAAUGCCUAAUAUUCAGACCCUGAAUCUUCUUGCCAACCCAUUUGUGUGUAAUUGUCAUCUUGGCUGGUUGUCUAAGUGGUUGAAGGAACACACCCUGGCAACCGGAAACCCAAGGUGUGCCACUCCUCCAGACUUCAAGGACUUCCCCAUACAAGCUCUCAGGCCUCAGGAUUUCAAGUGUGAAGAACAUAAUGAAUAUAGUUGUCAACCUGGUCCUUCUGUUUGUUGUCCUACUGGUGCUUUAGAACUGCAAAAUGAAGGUAACUGUGACCCGACCUCCCAUUGCCCAGCCAAAUGCAAAUGUCAAGGCACAAUUGUAAGAUGCAGUAGACAAGGCUUAUCUGAGCUUCCUAGAGAUAUACCACUUGAUACUACAGAACUGUACCUCGAUGAUAAUAAUAUCCGGUCUAUACCUUAUUACAUCCGCUCUCUUAAGAGGCUUGUUAGAGUUGACCUAAGCUAUAAUGAAUUGCUGACACUCCCAGACACGGCAUUUUCAAAUUUAACAGAGUUGUCAACACUGAUUCUAAGUUACAAUAAGUUAAAAUGUAUCCAAAGCACCAGUUUUGCAGGACUGAAGAAACUGAGGAUAUUGACUCUUCAUGGAAAUGAUUUGUCAACAAUUCCCUUUGGAUCUUUUGAUGAUUUGAAAGCUCUGUCCCAAAUAGCUAUUGGUGGCAACCCUCUGUACUGUGACUGUCAUCUGAAAUGGUUUAGUGACUGGAUCAAAAAGGAAUACAUAGAACCAGGUAUUGCUUCCUGUGCUGGUCCUAACAGAAUGAAGAACAAACUGGUCUUGACAUCUCAGCCAAGAGAUUUUGAGUGUUUAGAAAAUCCUGACCCCCAUGUGCUUUCUAAGUGCAACAUUUGUUACACAUACCCUUGCAAAAAUGGAGCACAGUGUGAGUUAAGAGGAUUUAAUGACUACAAGUGCACAUGUCCUCAAGGUUUCCAUGGCAAGAACUGUGAACAGGAGAUAGAUGCCUGCUUUGGAAAUCCGUGUGCCAAUGGAGGCAGUUGUAAGGUCUUGGACAAGUAUGGCAGGUUUAGCUGUCAGUGUGCACGUGGAUUUGAAGGAGACCGCUGUGAGACUAAUAUCAACGACUGUGUGGUGAACGACUGUACAAACAACUCAACAUGUGUAGAUAUGGUUGAAGAGUACAAGUGCUUCUGUCCCCUGGGUUAUUCCGGUCGUUACUGUGAGAAGAAAAUAAAUUUUUGUGAUGAUUACAAUCCCUGUCAGAAUGGUGCCAUGUGUAAAGAUCUUGAGGUAGACUACAGGUGUAUUUGUCCACUGGGUUACUCUGGUAAAAACUGCUCUGAGAACAUCAAUGACUGUCCUUCCAAUAUCUGUCAAAAUGGUGCCACAUGUGUCGAUGGCCUGAACAGUUAUUCCUGCAUGUGUCGCGCUGGGUAUACUGGAACAUUUUGUGAGCUACCGCCAUUAGAACAGAACGUGUAUCCACAGAGCAGCGCCUGCCUGAAUCAUGACUGUAAGAACAAUGGCAUUUGCUUUCAACCUCCUGGCUCCAAGGAGUACGAGUGCAAGUGUGCUUCAGGUUUUGAUGGCAAGAAAUGUGAAAAGUUAACCAGCAUCAGCUUCAAACAGAAGGACUCGUAUAUCCAAUUCCCAGCUCUGGUUACAAAGCCCAUGGCAAACAUUACAAUCGUCUUUGCAACAAGAGGCAUGAGCGGCGUUCUACUCUACCACGGGUUAGACCAGCAUGUUGCUGUGGAGAUCUUCAGGGGUCGUCUGCGAACCAGCUUCGACAUAGGCAACUACCCAGUGUCCACAAUGUACAGUUAUGAGACCAUUAAUGAUGGAGACUUCCACACAGUGGAGAUGUUGAUCAUUAAUAAGAACUUCACCAUGAGAAUUGACCAUGGUCAAUCCAGGUUUAUUUUGAAUGAUGGGGAUAAAAACAAGUUCACAUUAGACGAGCCCCUCUAUUUGGGAGGGCUGCCACCAGAGGUCAACAGCAGAGCAUUCAAGAAAUGGCACAUCAGGAAUGGGUCUAGUUUUGAAGGUUGCUACAGGAAAGUUUACAUCAAUGGCCGCCUCAUCGACUUUGUAACUACCAAAGAUUUGGUCCAGAACAAAGUGACCCCAGGGUGCCCGGCACAUGACAAUCCAGACCCUUGUGUGCCUAACAUGUGCAAGCAUGGCAAGUGUCAACCCUUGAAGGGGAUGAGCUUUAAGUGUAACUGCCAUAAAGGAUGGUCUGGGACUUUAUGUGAUGAAGAAACAAAAUGCAAAGCAGUGAAACAGGUCUCCGAGUACACGAAUCCAGUCACGGGCUGUAAGUCACGCAAGAAAAUCAAGCAAAAGUUUUGCACGGGGGCGUGUGGGAAUAGCUGCUGCACUCCAGUCAAAAUCAAGAACCGCAAAAUCCGUGUGUUCUGUAAAGAUGGCAGCUCACACGUUGAGCACAUACAGGUGGUAAGGAGGUGUGGAUGUAAGACUUGUGCAGAGAGGCCUGCAGUCUGACAUUGACUGUAACAUGGAAUGGCAAGUUCAGUUUUCAGUCUCUGUGGUUUUUUAUGUAUGUACAUAUCAAAUUGUGUGUGGUGUGUAUUAAAGAAGGAAAGAGAUGAGUUUCACUGUUCAGUGUAAAUAGUACAGCUGGUGGCAACAGUUUGCUACUGCCAGUUUUGUUCAGAAAAGCCUCUUUUUUAUUGUGUAUAUACAUAUUUAGUGGCUUUUUAAUAUAUGAUUUUAUAAUAGAAAGACAACUGUGUGUGAUAUAAUUAUUUAUGUGAUUUUCUAAAAAUCUGGUAGUAAAUAUGAUAGAUAAGUGAAUUCAAUUUUAUACGUGUAACAAAUGAAUGAUUUCAACCACCUAUACUUUCAAAACAUAAAGGCAUUUGCUGUUCAAUGCAAUGUUUGUAUUAAAACAGACCAACUCCUGUAAGGACGUGGCUUGACAGCAAGCAACAUAUAAAGCAAUGGACUGUGGUUUGCUGAUUUUGACAUUUCCCAUACAGAUGAGGUCACUCACCCUCUCUUUGUCAGCAUUAUUAUAACGAUAAUAACCUAUAUGGGCAAUAUUCUAUUUAUAACCAAAGUCACAAUUUUAUAAAUACAUAUCUAAGCAUUAGUAACAGGUAGGACACAUUAAUAUCAAUCUUUUUUAAUGUAAAUAUGAUCUUCCAGUUUGGCCCCGGUCUUAGAGAUCCAAACUUGCAAAAAUACUCAUAUCUUAUAGUUAUGUGCUAGUAUAUGUUAUGUCUUCAUUCAUUGUCAGCACUACCUCAGACGCCUAAGUUAUAAUUUGUUUGCAUGACUCAGAAAAGAAUGACAAAAACACUCCAUUUUAGUCAAGCCACAAACUAAGUCUACAAAGAGAAAAUUACAAUUUUCAUGUAACCAACAAUCCAACUAGGUUUCAAGUAAUUAAAGCACAAAAUGGUGGCCCUUGAAAUUAUUUUAAAGUGUUUGAUUUUGCUUUUGGUGGUUACAUCUUACUCACUGUUUACUUGCUGUCCUCUUUUCUGGGGGAGAUCUGUCAAAUUCUUAAGCAGUCCCCAAGCUGCCCAUUCUUAUUUUUAAAAGAUUAUCUGAAAAAUUCCAAAACUGGACAUUAAUAUGAACUUUUGACUAGAAGUGAAAGGGAUGUCAUAUUAAAACUUAUUGCAUUGUGUAUGCGUAAAACUUUUAAUCAGUGGAACAAAAGCACUAAUUUUUCUAUUUCUUAAGGAGCCAUAAACCAAUACAUUUUAAUGACAGUGUAAAACAGUGAUAUGAAGAUCUAGGGCAUGUCUUAUGUACUAGUGAUGUUGUAAAAAUGUUUUCCUACAUAUUUGAAAUUAUUUUUGUACUGUAUGGUCACUGUAAAUGUAACAUAGAUGUAUUUAUUAGGUAGAUAGUGUGUAAUACUUAUUUACACUUCUUAUGAGAAUAUAUAGCACUUGACUGGACAGUAUAAGUAUGCAGUUUUCUGUGCAAUAAAUUAUUAUUAUUAUUACCAUUAUUAGAUGAAACUGUAGAUAAGAGUUUUUUACAAUCAUGGACUUAUUUGCUCUCGUAAGUUAAUUCCGUGCACAAAUGGCCUAGCACAAAGUUGAAGCACAAAUUAAGCCAGAACCUGAGCAUAUUCCCACUAAGAAAGGAAGCUGUGUUAAGGAGACAAAGAUAAGAGCAUAAGUAUUACUGGGCAUUCAAGUACUGUUGCAAUCACUUUGAAGUUGGGAAUUAAUUUUCUGCUUUUUUCAUGCAUGACGGAUUAAGUUUUGUAUCAGCCUUUGCUCUUAGCUGUAUUGCCAAUCAUUGCCAAUAUUUUGUUAAAUCUCAUGGUUGACGGUGGCUUUUUGUAACAAAGUAUGUUUAUUAUUCCUUACUGUACAUAUCAGUUUAACUUUUGUUACACUAAAAUCGUGUAUUGGACAUGUGAAAGGUAGCAUUGAAUGAAAAAAUGUUUUCUUACACAUUUGUUCUUUUCUUUGUUCAGCAUUAAUAUUUUUCAGUAAAAUGAGAAAUAUUUGUUCACUCUCAAAAACAGAUGGACUCCAAUUUGUACAAUAUUAACUUGUGUAUUUUGUAUAUUUAAGUAAUAAAUUUGAGUUUGCAUUGUAAA